AUGAACAACGAGAGACUUUCAACAUAUCACUCAUUAUCCGAGAGAAGUGCAUUACUAAUUCAGACUGAGUCCAAAUACUUGGGACCUCUGAAUAUCAUGUUUGGAUUCAUACCAAUUUGGGGAAACAUAAUCAUUUAUCUCACCUCAUACUUAAGAUAAUUCGAUGAAAGUAUAACUCUAUCAAGCCUGUUUAUUAUGUACCCUUUGAAUAUAUUCGUUGGUGCUGUGUAUAUGCAAAUUGGCUCUUAUCUUACAUAAUAAAUUCAUCCCAAAACUCAAAUUAUGAUUGGAGGACUUUGCUUUGCUCUGCCAUUAUUCUUAAUGUCCUACACAACCAGCUAUUACUUAUUCUUUGCUCUGUAUGUUAUCGUUAAUGCAGCAGGUCUUGGUCUGUGCUACAUGCUACCAGUAAAGAAUGCCUGGCUCUUUUAUCCCAAAAAGAAAGGAAUGGUAUCUGGUAUCAUCCUGAUAAAUCCUGAAAAUAGGGUUCCUAGCUUAGUUAUCAACAAUGGAUUGACAAGAGAAAUUUUAUUCUCUCCUUAAUCAGAAGUUGUUUAGAGAGUGCCUAUGAUGCUUAGGUACUUGUCCUAUAUCUAUCUUAUACUUGUUCUUAUUGCAGUAGUUUUCAUCAGCAAAAAGGAAGAUAUUAAAGGAGGUUCAAUAAGAGAGCCUUUGAUAUACAAUAGUCUCGACAUUACCUAGUCAGUCUUGAAUACAACCAAUGGGAUAAAUAGAAAUGAUAGGACUUUGGCAUUUUAUUAGGAUGGGGCAGCUCCUCCCCUAAGAACUUAAAGUAUCUCAGAGAGUUUAAAGCAAAGAACAUUCUGGCAUAUCUUUGCGAUGCUUUUGAUGAGUAUUAGUUUCAGUUAUUUUAUGAAGCCCUCUUUGAAAAGCUAUGGAUCUUUAAAGUUUAAUGAUGACAGCUAUCUAACUAUUAUUGGUGCUAUUGGAUAUUUAUUCUCAGCUUUAGGGAGAUUUGGAUGGGGAACUGCCACCGAUCACUUUGGAUUCUUUAAGGUAUACGCAACAGUGCUUUUUACUCAAUUCAUUGUGUGCAUAUCCCUAGAUCAAAUAUCAGAAUACAGUACAGCAUACAUGAUGUGGAUUGUUUUAACUUUUCUUUGUGAAGGAGCUCACUUCGUUAUAUUUCCAGCUCUAGCAUCUGAUAUCUAUGGCUCCACGUAAUCCUUAUCUUUCAUUUAAUUUUUCUUUAGUCUUGGUUCAAAAAUUUACUCAAUACUUUUCUUUGCUAAUGCAGGUGGAGCAUGCUUAGGAAUAGUAGCGAUUUCUUAGAUACUACCAUAUUUAGGCUACGAUGGAGCGUUCAUCUUCUAUGGUGUUUUAACUAUUUUUAGUGGUGUUCUAUUAGUUAUUUUUAAUCAAAAAUAGGGGCAAAAAAAACCAAACUCAAAGUAUCUUCCAAACUCUCAAUAAACAGUGCAAGUACAAGCAACAAAGAAGAAAGUGUUCUAUAUUGUAGAGCAUUUCGAGUCAGAGGUAUCUAAUUGGACCACUAGUGAAUAUGUUCAUAUGAUACUUAUUCUACAUGACUUGUAUAAUGACUCUAAGAUUGACAAGAACAGAUUAAUAAUCACAAAUUAUCCUUUCAUUUAGCAAUUAGCUGAAGAUAAACUUGAGGAAGAUGAGUAUAAUACCAAGAAAAAUACGAUUAGGUUUUAAAAGAUCAAUAAUAAUCUUCAGAAAAAGUGUCUAUUUUCACAAUACAGUCUACUAGAGCUUUCAAGUUUAGAGAAGAUUUAAGUGAUCAAGGCAAGAGAAGACUUAAAGGACGACACUCUAAAGAUCUUAAGAAUUCUUGAUAAGAGAAUGGUUGGACAGGGCAGUCAACAUAAUAUAUGCUUUAUGGAUAUGAGAGGAGAGAAACAACUUCAGCCAGAGGACUCUGAGUAAUUUCAAUUUGUUAUAUUUGGUGGCAUUCUUGGUGAUCAUCCACCAAGAGAUAGAGCUCUUGACUUUAGAUCUAAUUUCUCUAAUGUAAGAUCGCUUGGUCCUAUCUAAAUGACUACUGACACUGCCUUGCUUGUAAGUAGGGAAAUCCUCGAAGAGGGCAAAUCAAUCGAGAAAGAUUUAAAGUUUAUUGAUGACCCUUCCAUACCUACUGAUAACAAUGUGAGAAGAUAUUUAGACAUGAGAUUGCCAUUAUUAAACCUUGUAGAUGAUACUUACAAACUCAAUGGAUAGGUAAAUGCCAUAAAAUAAUUCAGAGAAGAAGCUUUUAAAUCAGGAGACAUUGAAUAGUUUAUUAAGGUUUAGGAGGCUUUUGCUGACCCUGAGGAUGAAGAUGCUGAUAGAGAGGAACUGACAAUGAUGGAGGGCUUUAAAUACAGAGUAAAUGAUUCAGUAUUCCCUGUAUAUAGAGGAAAAAAUAAUCUGAAAGAAGAGUUUCCUAUAAUACCGAUUGGAAUGCUUGAUAUUUGGAGAAGUGAAAAUGAGGAGGAGUUUAACUUUUGA